GACGCCGAGGAGGCCGAGGAGGCGGAGCCGGCCGGGGCUGCCUGAGUGACGGCGGCGGUCAGCCCGGCUUGGCUUGGCUGGGCUCGGCGGGGAGGCAGCAGCGCCAUGGCCCCGCUGGGGGCGGACCGGGAGGGCUACUGGGGCCCCACCACGUCCACCCUGGACUGGUGCGAGGAGAACUACGCCGUCUCCUUCUACGUGGCCGAGUUCUGGAACACACUGAGUAACCUGAUUAUGAUUCUACCUCCAAUCUGUGGUGCCAUUCAGACAGUCAGAGAUGGACUGGAAAAGCGGUACACAGCUUCCUAUUUGGCUAUUACAGUGGUAGGAUUGGGAUCGUGGUGCUUCCAUAUGACUCUGCAGUAUGAAAUGCAGCUAUUGGAUGAACUACCCAUGAUCUACAGCUGUUGUAUAUUUGUCUACUGCAUGUUUGAAAGUUUCAAGGCCAAGAACACAGUCAAUUACCACCUGAUUUUUAUAUUAAUGCUAUUCAGUUUAAUAGUAACCACAGUUUACCUAAAAGUUAAAGAGCCUGUAUUCCACCAGGUCAUGUAUGGACUAUUGGUUUUCACUCUAGUACUGCGGUCUAUUUAUAUUGUUACAUGGGUAUAUCCGUGGCUUAGAGGACUGGGUUAUACAUCCUUAGGCAUAUUUUUAAUGGGAUUUUUCCUUUGGAAUGUAGAUAACAUCUUUUGUGAAUCACUGAGGGACUUUCGAACAAAGGUGCCACCUUUUGUGGGAGUUUUUACACAGUUACAUGCCUGGUGGCAUAUUCUUACUGGCCUUGGCUCUUAUCUUCACAUCCUUUUCAGCUUGUAUACAAGGACACUUUAUCUACGGUAUAGACCAAAGGUGAAGUUUUUCCUCGGAAUAUGGCCCAUGAUCCUGGUUGAGCCACCCAAGAAGCACUUAUGAGAAGAGGUCCUAUGAAGAAAGCACAACCUCCCACUGCUGGCCUCCUUGCCUUGGGAAGAUAAUCCCAAGACUCUUCAAGUUUCCAUAUUAAAUAAUGUACCAUCCGUUGUGAUAAAAGGAUGAGUCUCUGAACACCACCACCAGGCCAGAAACAGAGUGAGAAGUGGGCGUACUGGGGACUUACUGUGUCUUUUUCUCCCUUAUAGUGUCUGAAAGGACACAAUAUGAUGUUCAUGUAUAUAUUGAAGUGCUGCAGAAAUUGGGCUUCUUUAAUGAGCUAGUCGUUGGUUAUUGUCCAGUGGCCACUGGACAGUGACCUUUUUCCCCCUUUGAUGUGGACUGAAUCUGAUAAUAUGUAACUUUUCUCUAUUAUUUUAAAUGAAUAUGCAAUUGAAUAAUGGAAGUGUUGACUGGGGUGGAGCCAGACUAAGUAUCUAUCCAGAUGCUCAGUAGCGAACUGAAUACUACUUAGCUACAUCACACUUCAUUCAGACACUUGUUGAAGGAAACUUAGAAGGUGCAUUGGGUUCAGCUCAGCCUCUUGAACUAGAUGGUGGUCCACGUUGUCUCUGCUCUCAUCAGGAGCUGCACAUUCUAGCUCAGCCCUGCCACUUCAAUCUGACAUCUGUCACUUCACCCCCUACAGCCCAUUGUGCAGGCUCUUUCCACAUAUCAUUGACCCACAGAGGGUCACAGAUUCACAGCAUCAUUAAUUACAUCACAACCAGGGCCCACCAUAACACUGGGGAUGCCCAUUAUCGUGUCACUUUGGCCAAUGGCCCAAGUCACAAAUGGGUCAUCUGACAUUCCUCUAGCUAGUACUUAACCUCAGCAAUGUUAGUUACCUCCCCAAAACGUCUGAGAACCUGGUUUCACCUUAUUCUCUAUUUUCAAGGACCUAAUUCAUGGUACUAGGCAAGACAUUCUCUCUGCCCUCUAAGGAGGCUGUGCCAAACAAAGCCCAGUACAUUAGGGUUGGAGCUGACAUUCAGGCUGUGAUUUCCUCCUCCUCAAGCUAAUUAAAGGUGAUAUUUCUAACAAGUGUCCACUCUGUUGCCUCCAGCUCCUUCUGAUCUUUGUAGAUCCUCUUUACUUUUGCAUCCUGUUUGUAGUCUAAUCAAACAUGGAGUAGACCUGCCUCUGCUCUGUCCAGCUUUAUUCCUGUGCUUCCAUUAUUUUCAGCUCCAGAAAAUAUCAAUGAACAGCAUACACUGACUUUUCAAAGUAUUCGGUAAUUGUAAAUUCUCUAAGAGACAUGAGACUCACAGUGAAGUUUGCAAGGGGUGAAAUCAUCAAGGGCCUGUUGUGUGGAAAACACCCCCAUAUGUCUGCUCCUCUUAGCAUCUGAGGGAAAUAGGCCAAGAGUUUGAGAACAACGUCAGGCAGUGCCAGAGUACGUCUCUGGACCCCAUCCUCUGCGACCCCAUCAACAGUCAUGUUCUAUCACCAGGUGGCAGCUCAUUCUUGUGUGGUCAGCCAAAGGCUCACCUGCCACUGCACCUUUGCCCAAAGGGGCGCAAGCAAAUGAAUGGUGGUAACAUGCUUGCUUCCUCCAUGGUAUUGCCUUCGUUAGCUCAAGCUGGUACUCUUCAGGCAAAUCUGCUCCAGUUCCUCCUAAUCAAUCUAGUUGUUAAAGACCCUGACCAUUUUUACAGUAUUAAAUAAGUGACCUUAACACAAUUUAAAAUAAACCUGUUUCAGGUUUUUUGGAAUUUG